AACAUCCAUAACCUUGAAUUUCAAAUAGGAUAAUAACAUUAUAACGCAUUGAAUAUCGCAUUUCAGCUACCAUAAACAUCCAAAUAAUGUGAGGUUCCAAUCCUCAUUCUUUAUAUACAUUAAACCUUGUUAAUAGAAUCCCGUUUGCAAGUAUGGAAUCCAAUUUGCUCAAAGCACAAAGUCACAUAUGGAAUCAUAUUUUCAACUUCAUAAAUUCCAUGUCACUUAAAUGUGUUGUUGAUUUAGGCAUACCAGAUAUCAUACACAACUAUGGCAAACCCAUGUCACUCUCGAAACUCAUUUCUUCACUACCAAUCCAUCCUUCCAAAAAGCCUUGCAUACAUCGCUUGAUGCGAAUCAUGACUCAUUAUGGUUUCUUCUCUCAACAAAAUGUUACAGAUAAUGAGUUAGAAAUCGAGUAUAUGUUAACGGAUGUAUCUAGGUUAUUACUUAAGGACAAUCCAAUGAGUGUGACACCGUUUGUGCAGGCGAUGCUUGAUCCAGUUUUGACCAAUCCGUUUCAUCAAUUAUCCACGUGGUUAAAAAAUGAGGAUUCUUCCGCAUUUGAAACUACCCAUGGGAGGCUUUUUUGGGAUUAUGCAGCUCAUGACCCAAUAUUUAACCGUUUAUUCAAUGAAUCCAUGGCAAGUGAUGCUCGAUUAGUAAGUGAUUUGUUGAUUGAAAAGUGUAGGGAAGUGUUCAAUGGAUUGGAGUCAUUAGUUGAUGUCGGAGGAGGCACGGGGACCAUGGCAAAGGCUCUUGCGAAAUCAUUUCCACAAAUGGAAUGCAUUGUGUUUGAUCUCCCACAUGUUGUUCAUGGCUUACAAGGAAGUGAUAAUCUAAAAUAUGUCGGUGGAGAUAUGUUUCAAGAAAUUCCUCAAACAGAUGCUAUUUUAUUAAAGUGGAUCUUACAUUCCUUGAAUGACAAGAAAUGUGUGAAGAUAUUGAAGAAAUGCAGGGAAUCAUUAGAAAAGAAAGGUAAAGAAGGGAAGGUGAUUAUCAUAGAUAUGGUGUUGGACAAUGAAAAUGGAAACGUUAAUGAAUCAGUUGAAACACAACUCUUCUUUAAUAUGUUGAUGAUGGUAAUACCCGCGGGAAAAAAGAGAAAUAAGAAAGAAUGGAUUAAGUAGAUUUUAUUGGUUGGUUUUAAUGAUUAUAAAAUAACCCCAAUUUUAGGUUUAAGAUCCAUGAGCGAGAUAUAUCCAUAAUAAAGUAAACCAAAUGUUAUAACCAUCUGAAAUUAUUGAUUAGUGAAUAUUAAUAUAAGUAACAAUAAUAAUGUCUUGAGUGAUCAUGUAUUCAUGUUGUUGUUUUUUAUGGAAUUCAAAAUCAUUAAAAAAAACAUGUUUAAUUGUUA